GCAGAGAGUCUAGAGUUGGUGAGGAAAAAGGGUCGUUUGACAAAGUUGAGAGAGAGCAUUGUGGGUGGAUAUCUGGUUGUGAGAAUGUAUUUGCUCUUCGAGUCCUCGCUGCUCUUUAUACUCUUAUGCUCUUGAUAUUCUUUACGUCCCGAGCGCCCUCGAAAUGCUCGGAUGUGCCGCUAGAUCACCACCUCUCCUCGACAAACAUCCUCGGUAUGCUCUCGGCCGCACGGAGCCCGCCGAUGCUGACCUUCCACCGCGCACCCAUUGGCCGGACGCUGCGGUGCCGGUACUGCACUAAAAGCGCUUGUAUCACGUGCCAGGCACGUCUGUGCAAGUUUUGCCUCGAAGAGGAAAAUCGGGCGGGCUGUGAUUGGUCGCGUCGGGGAGCCAAAGUGGACGCAGUGAAAAAUUUUAUAUGCUUUUGUAUAGAUAUGGCGCCGGAUCAGCUCGGUGGGUGAUAAAGUGGAUACGAUUACUGGCCUGAGCUAUAUAUUGUCUCUCAUCCCACUCUUUCCUUUCUGCUUUAUCUUUUUGUUUCCUCUGUUCAUUGAUCCCCUGCGUCCUCUGCUUCCUCUUCCCUGUUUCUCGUCCUUCUGGUUCCCAUUGUUCUG